AUGACCGACGUCGUCGAGCUGCGACCGACAGACGGCUCGACGGAGCCCCUGGCGACGCACGUGCAGCCGAGAGCGCACGCCGGUCAGGGACUGGCGCGAGACGUGUGCCCUGGGUCACUCAGGGAAGUCCAGCCAACUGAUCGCGCACUGAGGGCGGGACAGCAGGUCAAGCUGCCGGCUCCCGGCUCCCCCGGCGCGCCGCCGUCGGCCGCGCCGGCCGCGCGCCUCCGCAGCCCCGUCUUCGAAGCCCACCUCGUCUCCAUCAUCGUCUCCAAGGCCAGGACGCCGUUCGACUACGAGAUCAGCGGGCCGGCCAUCGAGCUGGCCGUGGAGACGGUGUCGCAGCUGUACCCGCACAUCCGCUUCACCCACGUCUACCGCAACGGCUCCAACCGGUGCACGCCCGACGAGGCCGGCUACCUGGCGGCCGAGGAGCACUGCCGGCGUCCGGUGACGGCCUUCAUCGGGCCCGGCUGCAGCGAAGCGCUCACCAGCCUCGGCCGGUUGGCGGCCAAGUGGAACGUGCCAGUGCUCACGUCCGGAGGCAGCAGCCAGCUUCUCGGCGACAAGAAGGUUUUCUCGACACUCACCAGGCUCUCGCACACCAUGGAUGACCUGAAGCAACUCAUUCGGAGAGUGUUCAGAAAGUACCAGUGGAGGAACAUAGCGGUGAUAUACAACGAGGAAUGGUCCUACUCUCGCCUGCUGGGAACGGCCCUGAGGCGCCGGUUCGACGGGCCCGACCGGCUGCACAUCGAGCACUACCCAUUCAGAGCUGACGCGUCACCAAACAAGAUCAGACAGCUGCUGACGAGCGCUGCCGAACAGGCCAGAGUGUUUCUACUGGCGGCUCAGGGUGACAGCAUCCGCUCACUACUACUCGAAGCACACAGCCUGGGCUUCAACAACGGCGAGUUCGCCUUCCUGACCGUGGAGCCGUUCCGCAGUAAAGCUCUGGGUAACUUCGGAUGGCACCGCGAGGGCGACUCAGAAGAGCGGAACGAGGCGGCAAGAGAAAUGUUCGAAUCCCUUCUGAAAAUAUCACUCUCUACGCCAAAGACACAAGACUUUCCAAAAUUCAUAAAGGAGACUCAACGUCGAAGCAAGGAACAGUACGGCCUUUCUCUGACCUACGAGGAGGUAACGACACCCGUGGUGACGGGUCUGUACGACUCGGUGAUCAUCUACGCCUGGGCCGUGGACCAGGUGCUGAGGUCGGGCGGUGACCCUUCCAAUGGGGUGCAGGUCACGCGGGCUAUCUGGAACAACACCAUCUCGGGCGGCAUCAGCGGUAUCAUCAAAAUAAACAGCUACGGCGACCGGGAAUCUGACUACACCGUCACUGAUAUCAACCCAUCGACAGGCGACUGGGAGGAGGUGGCCCACUGGAGCGGCGCUGAGGGUGUUCUGAUCGAGGUGCACGACGUCUGGUGGCCCGGCGGCGGCGCGGCGCCGGCCAACCAGCCCCUGUGCGGCUACGCCGGCGACCGGAGACCGUGCCGGCCGCUGGAGGUCACCGAUCCACUGGUCCUCAGCAGCCUGAUCGUCCUGCUCGGACUGGUGGCGCUCAGCGUGGCCAACGUGUUCCUCAAGCCCAUCGGCGUCAGCAGGCUGGUCGUCUCCAAGGAGAUGCUGCUCGAGUUCAAACAGAUGCGGGAGACCAGUCACGACAACCUGCUGUAUCUCCAUGGCGCGCUCCAGUUCGCCGGUCGCGUGUACUUUGUCACCGACUACUGCUCAAAGGGCAGUCUGGGUCACUUCCUUCGCAACAGUCCGCUCAAGCUGGACUGGUCACUGCGUCGCGCCAUCGUGUUUGACAUCGUCAGUGGACUCGACUACCUGCAUCACUCCGAGAUUGGAAGUCACGGGUCGCUCACGUCCAGUGACUGCCUCCUGAACGGACGAUUCACUGUCAAACUGACCGGGUUCGGAAUGGGCAGCGUGCGAGCGCAGAUGCCCCCCAACGUCCGACCAGAGCGACUUCUUUGGGUAGCGCCGGAGAACCUGCGCGAUCAAGAGAAACCCCGAGUGGCCACGGGAGAUAUAUUUUCCUUCGCGAUAAUACUGCAGGAGAUUACCACCAGGACCAUGCCCUACGGUCACAUGACCCCGCUGGAGCCACUAGACGUUCUGGAGAUCCUGCAGCGGGUCCGUGCCGGCACCACGCCGCCGUUCCGUCCCGAGGUAUCCCGUGACCUGGUCGACGAGGCCCACUUCGAGCUGAUGCGCCAGUGCUGGGACGAGCUGCCCCACCAGCGACCCACGGCAGCCGCUCUCAAACGACAGCUCACCAGGACAGUCAAAGCGAGCCCGAACCUGUUGGACGCCCUGCUGGAGAGGAUGGAACGGUACGUCAGCAAUCUGGAGGACCUGGUGGAAGAGAAGUCGGCCGCCUUCCUGGAGGAGAAACGUCGGUCUGAAGAACUUCUCUACCAAGUUCUGCCGAGAUACAUAGCCGAGCAGCUGAAGCAGGGAAAACAGGUGCGGCCGGAGAACUUUGAGUCGGUCACCGUCUACUUCUCGGACAUUGUCGAGUUCACGGCUCUGUCGGCCAUCAGCACACCGAUACAGGUGGUUGACAUGCUGAACGGCUUAUACACGUUGUUCGACCGGAUCAUAUCCAACUACGACGUCUACAAGGUUGAGACCAUCGGAGACGCUUACAUGGUGGUCUCUGGUCUUCCCGUCAGAAACGGCAACUUGCACGCCAAGCACAUCUGUCUGAUGGCGCUGUCACUGCUGGAAGCCAUCAAACAGUUUCACGUGCCUCACGACCCGGAGAAGACCCUCCAGCUGAGAGCCGGCAUCCACACCGGCCCCGUGGCAGCCGGCGUGGUCGGACUCAAAAUGCCCAGGUACUGCCUGUUUGGGGACACGGUGAACACGGCGUCACGGAUGGAGACCACCGGCCACGCCAUGAACAUCCACAUAUCGUCCGGCACCCGCGACCUGCUCAACUCGUUCGGAGGGUUCCAAGCUGUGCCCCGCGGAGGCGUGGUCAUGAAGGGGAAGGGCGUCAUGAAGACGUUCUGGCUGCUGGGCUACAACCAGGACGUCAACACCAGGGACGUGAUCGAAGACCUCGGGCCGGUGGAGAGCGAGUGAUUCACCUCGGGCCAGUGGAGAGCCAGUCGAGAGCUAACCGCUCCGAA